CUCACACAACAAAGUCUCCGAUAACGGAAUCAAAAUCGCUGACCCAAGCGGCGGCAUGCUCUCUCGGCAUUGGGAACCCUUCGCCGACGCCCUCGCCAACGCCCCUUCUCCCCAACGCCUCCUCCUGGUUAGUUUGCUUAGCACCAACAAUUUCUUCCCACACUAGCCUUUUUGUUGAAACCGUGUUUGGCGAAUGUGGUUAUGUACAGUUGAUAAAUGAAUUCGUGGAGAAAGAAGGGAUCUCGGUGGAUGGGGACUGGCAAGUCGAAGUGCUUUUGGGGAGAGACACGAGACCGAGUGGAGAUGCUUUGCCUCAAGCAGCUAAACAGCCAUGAGCAAGGUUUUAAAUUUCAGUCAAUCUUCCCGCGGAUUUUGAAGUCUUCAUUUCACAAUGUUUAUCGCGUCAACCAUUCCCGACCCCGAAAACCACCAUUUCCGUUUCCGAAAAGAACCGAAUGCGACGAGUCUCUGCUUCUACAUUACCUAUCCAAUGGGUGGCACGACGACGCGCGAAACCUCCUCCAAAAUUCCUCUGGAGGUGACCUCCACUCGCGCGUUGUUCGCUGGACCUCGCUACUCUCCAACUUCUCCCGCCACGGUUUCGUGACCGAAGCUCGCACACUCUUCGACAUAAUGCCCCACAGAAACCUCGUCUCUUACAACGCCAUGUUGUCCGCGUACCUCCGCUCCGGCAUGCUUGACGAGGCUUCCCGCUUCUUCGACACCAUGCCGGAGAGGAACGUCGUGUCUUGGACUGCACUGCUCGGUGGGUUCUCCGAUGCCGGGAGGAUCGAAGAUGCGAAAAAGGUGUUUGAUGAAAUGCCUCAGAGAAAUGUUGUUUCGUGGAAUGCGAUGGUGGUGGCGUUGGUUAGGAAUGGGGAUUUAGAGGAAGCGAGGAUUGUUUUUGAGGAGACUCCUUAUAAGAAUGUGGUUUCAUGGAAUGCUAUGAUCGCGGGGUAUGUUGAGAGAGGGAGAAUGGAUGAGGCAAGAGAAUUGUUUGAGAAGAUGGAGUUUAGGAAUGUGGUUACUUGGACUAGCAUGAUAUCUGGUUAUUGCCGUGAGGGAAAUUUGGAGGGGGCUUAUUGUUUGUUCCGGGCUAUGCCGGAGAAAAAUGUUGUUUCUUGGACUGCUAUGAUUGGUGGCUUUGCUUGGAAUGGCUUUUAUGAAGAGGCAUUGUUGCUUUUUCUUGAGAUGUUGAGAGUUUCUGAUGCAAAGCCCAAUGGUGAGACCUUUGUUUCUCUUGUUUAUGCUUGUGGUGGUUUGGGUUUUUCUUGCAUUGGCAAGCAGUUACAUGCUCAGUUGAUUGUUAACAGCUGGGGGAUUGAUGAUUAUGAUGGUAGGUUGCGAAGAGGUCUUGUUAGGAUGUACUCUGGGUUUGGUCUUAUGGACUCUGCACACAAUGUGUUUGAAGGUAAUUUGAAAGAUUGUGAUGAUCAGUGUUUUAAUUCCAUGAUAAAUGGUUAUGUUCAGGCUGGUCAGCUGGAAAGCGCUCAAGAGUUGUUUGAUAUGGUACCUGUUCGGAACAAGGUUGCAUCCACCUGCAUGAUUGCUGGCUAUCUUAGUGCCGGCCAAGUACUAAAGGCUUGGAAUUUGUUUAAUGACAUGCCUGAUAGGGAUUCCAUUGCGUGGACUGAGAUGAUUUAUGGGUAUGUGCAGAAUGAGCUCAUUGCUGAAGCCUUCUGCUUGUUUGUUGAGAUGAUGGCUCAUGGUGUUUCUCCUAUGAGUUCUACAUAUGCUGUUCUAUUUGGAGCCAUGGGUUCAGUUGCUUAUCUUGAUCAGGGGCGGCAAUUACAUGGUAUGCAGUUGAAGACAGUGUAUGUAUAUGAUUUGAUUCUUGAGAACUCUCUAAUUGCAAUGUAUGCAAAAUGCGGGGAGAUAGAUGAUGCAUAUAGGAUAUUCUCUAACAUGACUUACCGGGACAAAAUUUCUUGGAACACCAUGAUCAUGGGCCUUUCAGAUCAUGGGAUGGCCAACAAAGCUUUAAAAGUGUAUGAAACUAUGCUUGAAUUUGGAAUUUACCCAGAUGGCCUUACAUUCCUUGGUGUCCUGACAGCAUGUGCUCAUGUGGGUCUUGUUGAUAAAGGGUGGGAGUUAUUUCUUGCCAUGGUUAAUGCUUAUGCUAUUCAACCUGGUUUGGAGCAUUAUGUUAGUAUUAUCAAUCUUCUGGGCCGAGCAGGAAAGGUGAAGGAAGCAGAGGAGUUUGUCUUGAGGCUACCAGUUGAACCAAAUCAUGCCAUUUAGGGAGCAUUGAUUGGAGUAUGUGGGUUUAGUAAAACAAAUGCAGAUGUUGCUAGGCGUGCGGCCAAACGGCUGUUUGAGUUGGAACCUUUAAAUGCACCAGGUCAUGUGGCCCUUUGUAACAUAUAUGCCGCAAAUGAUAGGCAUAUUGAGGAUACUAGUUUAAGAAAAGAAAUGAGGAUGAAAGGUGUGAGGAAGGCACCCGGAUGUAGUUGGAUAUUGGUGAGGGGGACAGUUCAUAUUUUCUUCUCAGACAACAAAUUACAUCCACGUGUUUAAGAGAUAAGGGUAUGAAAGCUUCAGAGCAGGAUUACUUUGAACAGCUUUCAAGCUCAUUCAGGUGCUUAGUGGAUUUGAUCCCAGCUGAAAAAUGUAAGUUUGAUGGGGUGAACAACAAAGUGGUCGUGGAUGGAGCUAAUGGGGUUGGUGGAGUGAAACUUAAAGAUUUAGGGAAAUUGUUGAAUGUUUUGAUUAUUGAGGUUCGGAACAGCAGUGAAGAUGGAGGUGUACUGAAUGAUGGAGUUGGUGCUGAUUAUGUGCAGAAAGAGAAGGUUCUUUCAAACAACUUUGGUUCUAAAGACACUGGGAUAAGUUGGUGCAUGUGGGUUUGGUUCCUUUGGUGCUACAGUCAAUGGUGGAGAUGUAUCAGCUGCAUCUUCUCUUUAUCGAAAUGGUGUUGGUUGUGGUGCCUGUUACCAGUGUUGCAUGCAGCUACCCAGAUAAAAACAUAACAAUCAAGAUAGAUGAGAGCAGCAACAACCCAUAUUACUUGGCUUUUGUCAUUUGGUAUCAACAAGGAAGGAGAGACAUAACUGCUGUGCAGCUCUGUGAGUUACUAGAUAGAAGCCAUGGGGCAGUGUGGACUACUACCUCUCCACCGAGUGGACCCUUUGUCUUUAAGGAUGUUGUUUAGUGAUGAAGAAGAGGGAGAAGAAACAUGGGUUGUUCCUGUUAAUAACAUACCCGGAGACUGGAAGGCUGGUGAAACAUACGAUUAGGGGUGCAAGUGAACCAAUAGAGAAUUUAGCAGCAAAACAAAUUCAUUAAUAUGGCAUUACUAUUAUGAUUUUAUUUUUCUACGAAUAAGUAGUGAUGGCAUAGUAGGGCAGUACAUACUAUGCAUGUCACCCAAUUCCAUUGUAUUGAAGUAAUUUUUUCAUUUUUACAUCUCUAAUCAUACAAAUUUAAUAACAAUGUUGAAACGACUUGACAGAUCA